UUUUUUGGACUUGUUGGGAAUCCUAACAUAGAUAAACUAGUCAUAAAGGACAUUGAUGCCUUCAUCUUCAAGGCUAUGCUUCUCUUUAUCUACACAGACAAACUUCCCAAUGUAGACAAAGUUGAGAGCACGACAACUAUUUGCUCGUCCACUAUCAUGGUGCAGCAUCUAUGGGCUGCUGCUGACCUAUAUAAUCUGGAUCGACUGAAAUUAUUAUGUGAAUCAGAACUGUGUAAAGCAAUUAAUAUCGACACAGUGGCGACAAUACUUGCCCUAGCCGAGCAACACCACUGUCCACAGCUUAAGGCCAUCUGUUUAAAGUUCACUGCCAAUCCAGAAAACUUGGGAGCGGUAAUGAAGUCUGGAGCAUUCAGGCACUUGGAGGAGAGCUGCCCGACGUUGUUGUCAGAGCUGCUGGCAACAUUUGCAUCGAUAGACGAGAAUUCAAAUUCUCUAUCGAAUCGGAAGAGGAGUAGCAGCAACACGUUCGGGAUGGAUCUAGCAGUAGAUGGGGCUGAAGCAGAAUCGGCUAAUCCUAAUGGCCGGUGCCAAAGGAGGCGAUUGUAGUUUAUAGUUACAUGUAUGUGCCUUUAGAACCAUUAAGCCUGAAGGUUCUCCCAUAAAGAGAAUCCUAGUUAUGCAUAACGUUCCAGUCAUUCAUAGUGUUCCUUUUAGUUAGUCAGCCCCUAUACAAAGUUCAUGCGUUCUUUCCAAAAGGUGAAAUUUAUCUCUAGCCUGCACUUUAUCGAGUAAAUUAGAUUGGGUGCCUUUGAACA